AUGUUUAGCAUAUUACAGUUGAAGGCAUAUAUUGACGCCUGUUGUCAUCGAAUUGAAAACGAGUUUCUUUCAGCUGGGAGCAUAACAACAUCAGCACUUAUUGACUAUGAGACCAUUGCUGCAACAUCGUUUACGUUAACUGUCACCGUGGCAGACCCUGUGACAUCAGACACAGGGGAUUUGACCGUUAAUAUAGCAAACGAAAACGAGGCACCGUCGUUUGGUCAGGCUAGUUACAGUCUCUCUGCUGAAGAAGGCAAUGCUGGCACUGUUAUUGGUACACCCUCGUUUGGAUUAACAGACCCUGACACUGGCGAUUUGAUGAAAUUAGUAUUGGAUUGUGGGGAGCAGACAGGCUAUUUCUAUAUGCACCCAACAAGCGGGCAGGUAAACUUCCAGUCCAACUACGACCUUGAUGUCAAUGCCCUCCCUACAUCCGUUUCCUGCACAGUGACUGUAACAGAUAACGGGGAAUUAACAGACACUGCCACCCUGACCAUUACGAUCAACGAUAUAAACGACAACGUUCCAACUUUUUCUCCGCUGUCUUACACGUUCUAUAUUAGUUAUUACACUAACGCCGGUGCAAGCGUCGGAGCGGUCACAGCAACGGAUAAUGACGCGGGAACUUACGGUGUGUUGACUUACACCCUUGACCAGACUGGUCUAAGCGAAGAGUAUUUUGCUAUAGAUUCCACAGGGCUGAUAACCACUAAGGUUCAGCCAUCUACUGGUUCGUUAGGCUACGGUACAUCUGUAACAAUUUCUGCAAAGGCAUCAGAUGUUGGUGGAAAUGAAGAUUCAGCCACUGUGGUUAUUAUCAUAUCCGACACUACAACAACCAGCACGACAACGACCACAGACCGAUACAGAACGUUUAUGGAAGACAGUAAGAACGUGGCAUGGGUGGUUGUCGCUGGAGUGCUUGCAUUAGGUUGUCUAGUGGCGAUGGUGUAUGUGCUGGCUACUUGUCGGGGAGAGAACGGAUGUUCGCAAUUCAUGCGAACAUGCUGCAAUACUACGAAGCGCCUGAAGCGCAACACCUACAUGCCUCGCAAUUACGAUUUUCAACGUGAAAGGCGUGAAAUCCGACAGACGUCUGACAGUAUUGUGUCCCCAAGAGCAGUCAAUGUGAAGCAAUCUUUUUCUAUAAGAAAGCCUCCACCGCCGAAAUUUCAACAAUCCUGGAGAUCAUACAACAAUUCCCUUUAAAACAUUACUGCUGUCUGAAUAGUAUUGGUGAUAAUACAACAAUUCCCUACAAGACGAUAAUUAUUGUCUGUAUAGUAUUGAAGAACAUACAACAACUCCCUAAAAACGAUAAUUAUAGUCUGUAUAGUAUUGUAGAACAUACAACAAUUCCCUACAAAACGAUAAUUGUAGUCUGUAUAGUAUUGCAAAACAUACAACAACUCCCUAAUACCGAUAAUUAUAAUCUGUAUAGUAUUGUAGAUCAUACAACAGUUGCUUUUAAAACGAUAGUUGCAGUUUGUAUAGUGUUGCAAAUACUACAACAAUUCCUAUUAAAACGUUAUUGCAGUCUGUAGGGAAUUGUAGUGAAUUAUUUGGGGGCUUCAAACUGACUAGUAACUGCAUCACAAAUGGAAGUCAAUAUUACCAUUCGAAUAUUGACUAUAAUAUUUUACUUCGUAAAAUAAGACGCUACACUUGUGAUAAUCCGUAUGUCGUAUGUUCGAGUCUUAAUGGAGUUAUUUCUGCGAAAUUGUUUUUUUUUUACUUGUCAUAU